AUGGCCCAUAUUGCAGACCUCUGCCUUAAUUACUACCAGAGUGUACAGAAGUUUCCAAAAAUGUCGGACAAAUGUUCGAUUGGAAAUUUGCUAAAGUUUCUCGAAGAUCCUGAAUAUCCAUCUGUAGGACCACAUCUCAAACUCCUAGGAUUUACUGGUCUUUGGCAUCCUAACCGCCAAACCCUAAUUGGGCGUUUUAAGCAAAUUCUUUUCUAUGUCACCAUAACUUUCUUCUUCAGUCAGUAUGUUAAAUGCUUCAUUAAAUUCAAUGCUGACUCUCUCAAACUGAUUCUGCAGUAUGCUCCAUUUCAUAUGGGCAUCGUGAAGUCCUGUUUCUUUCAGAAGGAUUACAAGAAUUGGGAACUUGUCAUUGAUUACAUGUCUUCUGUAGAGAAAAAGCAGUUGGAUAAAAAAGACAAAAAGCAUGACGAUAUAAUUCAUGAGUAUAUUAAGAGAAAUCGGAAGGUGUCGUACUUCUUUUGGGCUCUGGCAUUCUUCUCUAACUUCAGUAUUUUUACUGAACCCUAUCAGAAGAAUCAGGUUAAUGUGAAUGGGACAAGCAUUUAUUUGAAAAUCUUUGAUGGGUACACUCCUUUUGACAAUGAGCCCCCUGGAUAUUAUUUCUCGAUGUUAAUCCAGACUGUGUUGGGGCAUAUCGUCAGUGCUUAUGUCGUUGGCUGGGAUACUCUUGUGGUGUCCAUAAUGAUAUUCUUUACUGGACAGUUGAAGAUCACCUGUAUGUAUUGUAGGUUAGCGAUAGAUGCUUUGAAUUCUACCAAAAGUCAUGAAAACAUUGCGAAAUGUCAUCGUUUUUACACCACGCUGGUUGAAUACACACAUUUAUUCAAUGCGCUGGUCUCACCGGUGAUGUUCAUGUACCUGGUCGUAAUUGCAAUCAAUUUGGGCGUCUGCAUCGUACAGAUUGUGGAGAUCCACGAUGACAUCACCACUUUGGUAUCGAGCAUUUUGUUCGUGAUCGCCUGUUUAAUCCAACUGCUGCUCUUCUACUGGUUCGCCAAUGAGGUUACUGUUGAGAGUACCUUUGUAAGCUACAGCACUUUCGAAAGUGAUUGGCCUGAAGCGAACAAGAAGUUGCAGAAAGAAGUAGCGUUGUUAGGACUCACUACCAAGAAGAUACUCGUCUUCAGAGCUGGACCUUUUAAUCAGAUGUCCCUAACUACUUUUAUUGCGAUCUUACGGGCCAGUUACAGUUUCUACACUCUAUUAAAUUCUACAAAUUAAUAAAAAUGUAGGUACAAUAGGUACACAUAGAACAAUAGUGAGAAUAGCG